CCACCUCCCGCCAAUGGCUGGGGCACUGGUGGAAGUGCCUUGUCCAAUGGGAAGGGCGACAGUGAAGGCUUACUAGACUUUGGGACGUCUCUCCUCUCUGGAAAAUGUCCCCGGUUCUGCUGGGCUCUGGGAGACUGCGAGGAGUGGUCGGGUCCAAGGCGCCCUUAGCCCCAUCGGCCCUGGGAAGCCGGAAAGGCCCCGCAUUCGUGUGAUCCUCUAGCUGAGGGCCUCGCGGCCCUUGAGGGGAACGCCCCCCGCGGCCCUUCUCGGAAAAGGCUGGGCCAUGGCGGACGAGCGGCUCGAUAGCCUGGAGGGCUGGGUGGCGGUCAAGGAAAACCUGUUCUCGGAGCCCGAGCGGCCCAAGCUGCGCUUCAUUGUGGCCUGGAACGAGCCCGAGGCCAAGUUCGCCGUGACCUGUCACAACCGGACCCUGCAGCAGCGGCAGCGGCGGCGCUGCCGCGAGGGCCUUGAAUCAGCUCCAGGAGGCGGCAGAGCCCCAGCCGAGGAGAAGGAAGGGGAGCAGGAGGUGGAUGCGUACGGGCCGCUGAGCUGGGCCGGUCUCUUCUCCGCCACCGAGCUCCAGGGCGUUCAUCGGCAGCUGGCCGCCGUGAGCCCGCAACUGGAGGCCUGCUUCCCCGCGCUGCCUCCCGAGGUCGGCCCGAGCCUAUGGACUCUGCUCUUUCCGGCCAGGCCCGCGCCCGACGAAGCUGUGCUCCAGGAGCGCUGCGGUCAGCUGGAACUCUACCUUAGCGCUGCGGCCGACAGGUGCGGAGCCAGGAUGCUCCUGGACUCGCUCUUCUCUGCCGACACCGAACCAGGAGAUGAGUACUUCGAGAACCUGCACGAAUUCCGCAAGAAAAGCCUGCAAGGGCACGUGGCCCGGGCUAAAGAGCGGCUCCAGAGGAUUAUUCAUGAGCAUAAAAAUGCUGAAAAGAUGAUGGAUUUAAUGAAAGUUUAUGAAGAAGAAGAUGAAGCUUACCAAGAAUUAGUUACUGUGGCAACAAAAUUCUACCAAUAUUUGCUGCAGCCAUUUAGGGAUAUGCGAGAGCUUGCAACAUUAUACAAGCUAGAAAUUUCGAAGUCCAUAGACUUUGAUGAACUAGGCCCUAAAAGAAUAGAGGCAUUGCAGAAGGAGGCUAAGAAAUGGACCAAACGAGCUGAAGAAGCUGUGACAUCUAUUCAGGACAUCACUGUGAAUUAUUUCAAGGAAACAGUAAAUGCAUUGGUUGUAAUGCAGAAACAGAUGGAACAGGAUGAGAAGAGAUUUGGCCAAGCCACUUGGGCCUUAGCUGCUCCUAGACUUGAAAAACUGAAGUACAUGUUAGCAAGAGAGAGUCUACAACACAAGAGAGCCAAAGAAUUAUGCUUGAAUCAAAAAAGAGUUGAAAUUCGAAAGAAGGUAGAAGGUCUUUCUGAAGUUGAAAAAAACAUUGAUGUGGUAGAUGAGCUAGAAAUACAGUAUUAUGAUGUUCAACUUGAAUUGUACGAAGUUCAACUUGAGAUACUGAAGUUUGAAGAGAUGCUGCUUAUUAUAGAGUUAGACACUAUAAGACGACUAAUAAAAGAGAAACAGGAUGAAGUUGUAUAUUAUGAUACUUGUGAGAAUCCUGAGGAACUUAAAGUUGUUGAUCACUUGGUGGGACAACAGAAUUCCCAGAUUUUAGAAAUGAAGACACUCAGGCGUCAAUCUCAACAGCUGGAAUCCAAACGAGGGACUAUCUGUGCAAGAAGAGCCUAUCUCAGGAACAAAAAAGAUCAGUGCAAGGAAAGUCAUUGCCUCAAAUUGCAGCAAGCACAGGAAAAUAUAAAGAGGUUUUAUCAACAUCAUAAUAUUCAAAUGAAAAGAGACAAGCGAAAAGAAGAGGAGAAAGAAAAACAAGAAUGGAUAAACCAAGAACGACAAAAAACUCUACAACGCCUAAAAUCAUUUAAAGAGAAAUGCCCAGUUCAGUUUGUGCUUAAAACAUCUUGUUCAAAACCAGUUAGUCCAAAAUUGCCCAAAGAUAUUUCCCAGAAAAUCUCAUCACCAGCUUCUCAACCACUUUCAAUAGUGCAUUUAUCUUCUAAGCAAACAAGAAAUACUCCUGCAUCCAAAGCCAGAGGUUUGAAAACAUCUAAAUAUAAAGACAGUCCUGGAAAUGUCCCUAUUCAGAUUUUUGUUCCAUUUGGUGACCCACCACAUCCAGAGCCCAGCAAGGAAUUGAAUUUACCACCAGCACCACCACCACCACCACCACCUCCUCCUCCUCCUCCACCUCCACCACCACCUCCUCCUCUACCCCCUCAUCUGUCUUCACAUUUGAGAACACCUGGGAAGGAUGAUGAUCAGCCACUGCCCUUGGUCUGUGAAUCAACUGCUGAAAGAAUAUAUGAUUCCUCUAAAAGUUCUUUAAACCUCUGUACAGGAACUAUGGAUAAAGUUUUGGCUUCUUUAAAGCAUGGUGACAUGCUUCUCCGAAAAACAGAGAAGUCCACUUUGCUCACUCCAGAAACCUCAGUCCGAGAUAACAUUCUGGCUGCCAUAAAGCAAGGAGUUAAAUUGAAAAAGGUUCAGCAAGAGCCUGUCACAGACAUCAACAAAGGAGCACCCAAUGAGCUGGAAAGAAGCAUCAAGGCAGCUCUUCAGAGAAUUAAGAGAGUGUCUGCUGACUCUGAGGAGGAAGAUAGUGGAGAUCAGAAUAACACAGAGUGGGACACUUAGCCUGAUUGUUAAGGCCAGAGGUUUGCUGGAAUAAUGGACUUCUUAGGAUAAAGCAAUGUAGGCGCAUGUGGACUUCUGAGAAGCGUAUGUACUCAGGGAAGGACAGCCUCCAUAUUUUUUUUUAAAGGAGUGUUUUAUGAAUGAAAACCACAUUGCAGCGGUUUUCAUUAUUUUAAUUCUUAUUAAAUUAGAGUAUGCAUGAUUUUUAAAAUCUUUUCACAAAUGAACCAAAGAACCUAUAGAUUAUAUUUCAUAGGUUGUGGUUCUGAAUAGCCCCUGGGGGAGGGGGAAAUAAUCAGGAUGUUAUGUGGUAUGUUUUUACCACAAAAUAAAUUUGAAAAAUGUAAACUUUUAAACAAAUACACUGAAGCUUCCUCAGCCCCACCCCCAUCCAAACUAUGUGCACUUUAGAGAUGAAGGGAGAAGAGAAUAGAGAUUAAAGAAACUAGCAGUGAUAUCACUGGGCUAAUAGGCCAUUGAGCCACGUACAGCAUAGAAUGUGUUAACAUGGAUUUUGGAGCAUUUUACAUUAGAAAAGUAAACACCACAAUUUUACCUUACUUGUAGAGAAAUAAGGGUUUUUGGAGGUGUUGGGGAACAGUUUUCAGAAAUAGUGCAUCUAUCUAAUUGAAAUGAUUGUGUUAACAUUUUAAUUUGUUAAAACUGAAUAAUUUAAAGAACCAAAGUAAACAGAUUACAUUUGAGUAAUAUUUUAAAUAUAAUUUAUUCUUUAGCAUAUCUGUGCAUAGAACUAUUUUCAGUACCUCAGUAUUACAUUCACAAGAAAUUGAAAGUUUACAGUACAUUAACUGAUAUAAUUUUGAAAUACAUGACUACUAAUUUUAACAUUUCCACUACAAAACCAGCAGAAUAUGAGGUUUAAGAAUCAAUAGGAUUAAAAAAAAUUUUUUUAAAGAUUCAAUAGAAUUUAAACCCAGACUUUGUUUGUCAUGUACAAUUUUAUUAGAGGGAAAUUUUAAAAUCAUGUAACUAAUGUGGGUAGGAAAUUUUUUCUCCCAAGAAAUGUCUGGCCUUGGAAAUCAUGCUCUCCCUUUCUGGUUUCUAAACAUUCUAAAAUGAGGAAAUACUUCCUAACUGCCCUAAUAAAUAAAUACUUAAUUUUUGUCUGUGGUGGAUGGAUUCUCUGGUGAUGGGUAGAAUUUGGCUCAUACACUUUUACUGUGUUAAACAGUUAAAUACAGAUUCUACUGUGUUAAACAGUUUAGUAGCUUAAAAUUUUUUAUAUGAAAAAGUUGUAUUUCACGUAUUUUGGUAUUUAAUAUUUAUAGUAAUAUUUUGGGUAAGCUUAAAUAAUUUAAAAAGCACCUUUGUGAGCUCUAUCAACAAUGUUGACAAGUGCCUUUUUGCUGUUAGGGAGAAAAUGUGAUGCCUUGGGAAUCAAUUUUAUACUUGGUUAUAGGAUGAUAGCAUUUUCUGAGUUUUAUAACAAAGGUAAAAUUGAAAUUAAAGUGUUUUAACAAUGAAGCAGGACGUGUGCUUUUUAAAAUUAAUUACACCUGUUUACUCCUAACUCUGACAUACCUUUAGGGACUAUUGCCAUGGAAUUGUUGUUUUCUUUAAAUCCGUCUAAAAGACAAACUUCUUGGGAAGAAAAAACCUUUGCUAUGGGUCAGGAGUUGCCCUAUAAGUUUCUGAAAUUUGUGAGGUUUUAUAUUGCAUUCUAAAAAGUUACUUUAAAAAUAAAUAAAACUUUAAGAACUUAUUACAGGACUUAGUUUACUCAUUCACCAAAUUUUAGUGAAAAGGAGCAGUGUGGCACACUAGAAAGUAUUGGCCUAGCAGGACCCCUGUCAAUUCCACUUAAGAGCUUGUCUUAUAUAAAUUCCAGUUAAAUGAUAAUAUAAUGAAAGGCCAAUAGGCAAGAGUAUGCCAUUAUAUGUUUAACAAUCAGCCUCUGGAGAGGAAAAUGCACCUAAAAUUUUUUUUUUCAAUUACAUGUAGAAAUAAUUUUUGACAAUUGUUAUCCAGUAUGUUGCAAUUCAGCUUCUUUCUCUCCCUCAUGCCCAAGAUAGUAAAUAGAAUGAUAUAUAGAGAAUUGUACCCAAUGCUGUCAUUCAGUACAUAUUUCCAUAUUCCUUAUGCCAUGAAAGAAGAAACAUUAUCAGAUAUACAAUUUUUAAAAACAUGAAAGAAAUAAAGCAAAAAAUGUCAUGCUUUGAUCUGCAGUUAGACUCCAGCAGUUCCUUCUUUGGCUGUGGAUAGUAUUUUUCAUCAUGAAUCCUUUGAGGUUCUCUUGGAACCUUUCUUUGUUGAUAAUAGUUUAAUACUUCACAGUUCAUCAUCAUAUAAUAUUCUGUUACUGUAUAUACAUUGUUCUGGUUCUGCUCACUUCACCGUAUAUCGGUUCAUAUAUGUCUUUCCAGGUUUUUCUGAACUCAUCCUGUUCACUAUUUAUGGUGCAAUAAUAUCCCAUUAUAAUCCUAUACCACAACUUGUUCAGCCUUUCCCUAAAUGAUGGACAUCCCUUCAGUUUCCAGUUCUUUACCACUACAAAAAGCUGCUAAAAAUGUUUUUGUACAUAUAGAUUCUUCCCCCCAUCUUUGGUCUCUUUGGGAUACAGUCCCAUUAGGGGUAUUGCUGAGUCAAAGAGUAUGCAUAGUUUUAUAGCCCUUUGGAUGUGGUUCCACAAUGUUCUACAGAAUGGUUGGAUCAGGUCAUAGUUCCACCAACAGUGUAAUAGUCUCCCAAUUUUCCCACAUCCUUUCCAGCAUUUAUCAUUUUCCUUUUUGGUUAUAUUAGCCAAUCUGAUAGGUAGGAGGCGGUAUUUCAGAGUUGUUUUAAUUUGCAUUUCUCUGAUCGUGAUUUGGCAUUUUUUUCUAUGACAAUUAGAUAGUGUUCAUUUCUUCCUCUGAGAACUACCUGUUCAUAUCCUUUGACCAUUUUUUGAUUGAGGAAUGCUUUGUAUUUUUUAUGAAUUUGACUCCGUUCUCCAUAUGUUUAAAAAUAAAGCUUUUAUCAGAGACACUUGCUACAAAA